AUGAUGCGCCGCACAAACAGUGUCUCGAGCAUCAGCUCGCAGGCCUCGGACGAAGAGACGAUGCAGAUCUUUGUCAAGAACGUCUCUGGAACCUCCACAAUCCCGCUCGACCUCCCCUCCUCAACCUCAAUAUCGACCCUCUCCACGCUCCUUGCCCUUCGCCACAACCUCCCCGAAACCGACCUGCGCCUUGUGCACGCCGGCAAGCACCUCUCCUCUCCCAACGCCACCCUCUCCACACUCGACCUUCCUCCCAACGCCACCCUGCACAUGGCGCUCCCGCUUCGCGGUGGCAUGCCGCCCAAGAAGAUCCGGUGUUCGUUCAAGGAGUGCAAGGACGCCGCGCAGCGCAUCGUCGGCGACUGCGGCUUCUGCUCGGGCCACUUCUGCGGGAAGCACCGCCUGCUGGAGGAUCACAAGUGCGAGGGACUGGAGGACUGCAAGAAGGAGAGCCAUGAGCGGAAUGCGAUGAAGUUGAAUAAUGAGCGGACUGUGGCGAUCAAGGGUGUCUAA